AUGUCCUCUAUCUCAACCAUGCGGCCUCUUCUGCGUCCUUCUUCUCUCGCCGCACCGACGCGCCUGGCCCUGCGCCGCUCGCCUCCCCGUCGCCUGCAGUCCUCCUCCUCCACCAGCUCCUCCACCAGCUCCUCUUCCUCCUCCACACCAGACGCUGCCGCCAAGGCACGGCAGGCUGCUGUCGAUGCCACCUCCAAGGCUGCUGAGGGCCUCUCGCGCGUAGCCUCGGCUGCUGGCCCUGUCGUUGCCGGCGCUGCUCGCAACCUCACGUCUGCACUUGGUCGUGUUGGCGGUCGCACCGGCAAGUUCGUUGCUUUCACGGAACGCUAUACCCCGUUUGUCGUCUACUACUCGCGCGUCAGCCUCGAGCUGUCCCGGCUUGUCUUCCAGUCCCAGAAGAUGUUCCCUCCCCCCGUGAGCACGUUCCAGACCUACUUCCAGAACGCCUGGAAGCAGGUGCAGAACCCCGCCAAACUCUUCCAGUCUCCGGCCGCCCUCCUGCAGCAGGCGCGCUCGUUGUCGCCGGUCCAGCUGGCCGCCGGUGGCGUCAUCGCAGCUGAGUGCCUCGGCUUCUUCACCGUUGGCGAGAUCAUCGGCCGGUUCAAGCUCGUCGGUUACCGCGGCGGUGCCGCUCACGGCAGCGAGCACUAA